AUGCCUCCCACAAGAGGGUGGCAAGAAGAAAGAAAUGACCAGAACGACGAAUGUACACGAAUCAGCUUGGAUAAUUUACGACGGAUAUCUGGAUGGUCAAAAUGCUCAACAGCUCUGCAAGAGGGUGAAGAUGUGAGGAGCAGAUCGACGGCCCACAAGAAGGCCAACGGUACAAUUAUCAAUGCAAAGAAAGGAGCAGCCAACUCAACAUAA